GAGACCAGGCGACAACUGAGCCCUGACCCUAGCCUGGCGCCAACCUCCAGUGUUCCAGAGGCUUCCGCUAGACCACAAUUCUCGGGGGCUUGCCCCGGCAGCCUCCCUCCCUGGCUUAGCCUCACCUCCCGCGCUGCGGGCCGUGUCUGGGCCUCCGCGCAUAGCACGCCGGGAAUUGUAGUUUUCUCUCGGCGCGCUCAUGCCGGAAAGGGGGGGCGGUGGGACUGCGUCUCCCAGAGUGCAGCGGGGCGGGCGAAGGAAGGCAGGGGGGAAGGGACAGUCGGUCGCAGACCGCGCUGGGUUGCCGCCGCCGCUGCCGCCAUCGUGCCAGCCCCUCGGGUCUCCGUGAGGCCGGGUGACGCUCCAGAAUGGGAGACAAGCCAAUUUGGGAGCAGAUUGGAUCCAGCUUCAUUCAACAUUACUACCAGUUAUUUGAUAAUGAUAGAACCCAACUAGGCGCAAUUUACAUUGACGCUUCAUGCCUUACGUGGGAAGGACAACAGUUCCAGGGGAAAGCUGCCAUUGUGGAGAAGUUGUCUAGCCUUCCGUUCCAGAAAAUCCAGCACAGCAUCACCGCGCAGGACCAUCAGCCCACUCCAGAUAGCUGCAUCAUCAGCAUGGUUGUGGGCCAGCUUAAGGCGGAUGAAGACCCCAUCAUGGGGUUCCACCAGAUGUUCCUAUUAAAGAACAUCAACGAUGCUUGGGUUUGCACCAAUGACAUGUUCAGGCUCGCCCUGCACAACUUUGGCUGACCUCCUCUCAGCUAGGCACUCACGCUGUUUCCUCCUCCCUCCUCUUCCCAAUACUAUUCCCACUCCUCCAGAUGCUCCAAAUAUCAUGCACAAAUGAGCAGGGCCGCGGUGGGAGUGGGCGCAGUGCGCUGCUGCCACUGAGGUGUUGUGCAUGAUGUUUGGAUGCUAGACUAGUUGCAUCUGACGGGAGAAGUUUGUGUUGUACCAGCGCAUGCCUUGGAAAGACUUAAGUAAUGCAAAAGGUUGUCCUUUUUUUUUUUUUUUUUUUUUUUUAAUCUACUGACAAGUUGCUCUAGUAACCCAAAGAAGUGAAGGAGAAAGCAGCUGCCUCACCGCCCAGACAUUGAUUUGUUCAGAUGUUUCAAUGCCUCAUGAUACAAUAAAACCACAAAAAUUUUCUUAACA